AAAAGGCUCAAGUCACCGUAAUAAAGAAACGCUCUCUCCCUCGUGCGCCAGACUGACAAAGGCAGAAAGAGAUUCAGAGAGAUCAGAGCUUUUUCAAUGGCGGCAGGAGGAGGAGGAGGAGGAUCAUCGUCUGGACGAACUCCAACGUGGAAGGAGAGGGAGAACAAUAAGAGGAGAGAGAGGAGAAGAAGAGCCAUCACGGCAAAGAUUUACUCUGGUCUCAGGGGACAAGGUAACUACAAGCUUCCUAAGCACUGCGAUAACAACGAGGUUCUUAAAGCUCUUUGUCUCGAAGCUGGUUGGAUCGUCGAAGACGACGGUACCACUUAUCGCAAGGGGUCUAAGCCACCAGCUUCAGACAUGUUAGGAACAUUCAGCACGAACUCUUCAAUCCAACCAAGUCCACAAUCAUCUGCUUUCCCAAGCCCCGCACCUUCUUACCAUGGAAGUCCUGUCUCAUCUUCCUUCCCAAGCCCAUCUCGUUACGACGGUAACCCUUCCUCGUACCUUCUACUCCCUUUCCUACACAACAUCGCUUCUUCCAUUCCAGCAAACCUUCCUCCUCUUAGAAUAUCAAACAGUGCUCCUGUAACUCCGCCUCUGUCCUCUCCUACUUCUCGUGGUUCAAAGAGGAAACUCAUGACGCAACAGUUACCGAGACAUCCGCUUCUUUUCGCUAUCUCAGCUCCAUCUAGCCCUACACGCCGUGCUGGUCACCAGACACCUCCUACUAUACCAGAGUGUGACGAGUCAGAGGAGAGUUCGUUUGAGGACUCAGGAAGGUGGAUUAAUUUUCAGUCUACGGCUCCUAGCUCACCAACGUUUAAUCUUGUGAAGCAAACAUCUAUGGUUAUUGACAUGAAGAGAUCAGACUGGGGGAUGUCAGGAAUGAAUAUUAAAGGUUCAGAGUUUGAGUUUGAGAAUGGAACUGUUAAGGCAUGGGAAGGCGAAAUGAUUCAUGAAGUUGCCGUAGAAGAUCUUGAGCUCACUCUCGGCGUCACUAAAACUCGAUGAAUAUCAGUUUGAAUAUUGGUGGUGUGAUCAGUGUCUUUGUGAUCAUAAUUAACCUAUGCAAAUCUUUGGCACUGUACAGGAGCUGGCAUGGCCUAGGAAGGUCAAAACAAGGGUCGAGCCUUUUAGAUACCGUUACCAUUCUACAUUUAUACUUUAAAUGUUUUCUUUUGUGAUGAUAAUGUUAUUGGAGAUGUAAUGUAUGUUUGGUCGUCACAGGAUAAUGAAUGGGUUUUUGAUAAUAUAAGCUGUUUGAGGAUAUGAUAA